CGUUCCAAGCCUUCACACAAGAAAUCAAGGACGUUGUGGCUGAACACCUAGAGACGGGAGCAGCAGGACCACUACUUAUAGACUACCCCAGCAACCUGUCUGGAAUGCACCGCCUACGCGAACGAGCUGAGAAGGAAGAGAAGCGCAUCAAGCAACUUGUGGGAAUUGCAAACAGCGCGGGACGAAUCAGACCCAACAGAAGCUACAUUCCGGGACGAUCUGCACCACCAAGACCAGGAGGAAGAGCCUUCGCAGGAUUCCACCAACCAGAAUUCCAAGGAUUCCAGGGAUUCCAAGGAUACCAAGGAUUCCAGGACGAUCGCUCCUUCCAAGCUCCAGAGAUCCAGACUGUGGGAACCUUCCACACUGCAAUGACGCCCCCUCCAACUAUGGCGGCAAAACAAAACGUUCAAGUCACCGACGGCCAAGAGAGACAAUUAGUGGUCCCGACAUCCGACAGCAAACUAUACUGCCCGGAAGCGGUUGUCAACAUGCUGGCGUGCAUGAGUAUUAUGGAGGAACUCGGACAACAGCAGGAAGAAGAAAAUAGGUGGACAAUGCUCAGCCAAGCGGAAGAAGCACUGCAAAAGGCAAGCGGCAAGCCAUACCCAAUCCACUGUUGGGGAUGCAACAAGGAAGGCCACAACUUCCGAGACUGCCCACACAAAGAGGACCCCCAAGUCCUAAAAGAAAAACUGGACCAGUGGAAGCAACGAAAGAACAAAGAACGCAAUUGA